UGCACUGCAAAAUCAUAUGAAGGUAACUGCUGUCAAAUAGAUGUCAACAUAGCCCACCCCCUCUUCCCACACGCUCACACACACGGAAACGCAUUCAGAAAACAGACAGUCAAACUAUUACGAAGACAAAAUUUAUGCAAGUUUCUGUAAAUAACAUCAAGCAUUUUAACUGGAAGAAAACACCCAAAUACACACCCAUACAGCCGAAUAUCUGCAUAUGUGUGUGUGUGUGGUGUGUGUGUGUGUGUGUGUGUGUGUGUGUGUGUGUGUGUGUGUGUGUUUCGGUUUGGGGGAACAGCUAUGUCUUGGCAGAGGAUGUUGUUAGCAUGCAGCCAUAAAAGACAAUUACCGCUAUAACCUUUUAUGGGGUGCGAAGCGCUGCGAGGCGAGAGGACACACAACAACAAAAAAAAAGACAUCGAGGGCUUCAACAGCUGAAGCCCAAAAUAAUGCAGCCGAGGUAUGACUGCUCAGCUCAGAUAUGCAGAGAAGGCUCACCCGAAAGCUUCACCAUCAGCGCCAAGUUAAUCACAAAGAAUGGAGGAUUUUGAAGAUUUUUUAUUUUAUAUGUGUUUGCAAAAUGUGCAAAAUGACCGGAGCUAUUCUCCCACGAAGGUCAUUUUUAAAUAAUAGGUCUGCAUUUGUAAAGCCUCUCCAAGCCUGCAUGUGUAGGUGAAAGUAUUAGGCACAAGGGUCCAGAAAAUAAAGGAAUACGUUCAAGGUAAACCGCGCCUCUGUCAGAUACACCCGGUUAAGAUCUGAUUAAUACCUUCACGUAAACUGAUUGCCGUAGUUAGAGAGUAAGUCGGACUUUAGUCCAGUGGAGUGCUGUUGUGACGCGUUAAAGGACGCAGAUGGACCCAAACUUCAAAGACUCGGCCAGAGACAGUGCAAUAAAACGCCUGGUCUGCUAUACUGUCUGGCAUUCCAGUUUUAAUGGCUUUAUUGCCGUCCAGACACAAUUAGGCCGUUUCCAGAAUGGCACCCAUUUGUUUUUUCUUCUCUUUCUGUGGGACUGCGCCCUGGACAAAAGGCGGAGCGGAAAUGAUCAGCUUUAUUGGACUUUCCCCGACGGGGACGCGCAGGACUCACGGUCAUUUUGGAGCGAUCCUUUGUUUCUACCUGGGAACCUUCCGCCCUCUGCUCCUUUGCCGGGCCCGUCCUAAAUGAGAAGGAGCAAUAAAGCCAGCAGCUAGCUUCAAACGCAGUGGUUGGCCUAAAGGAGGUCUUUUUUUUAUUUUUAUAAAUGCAUCGGGAAAUAUUUGUUAAAGUUCUAGACGACGACGAAUCCAUUUUCAGCAUGUUUUCCUUUAGUUUUGUCUUGCACUAUAUACUAGAUUGCUGCAGAAGGAGAGAACGCCUGCGCACUGUCGUCCUCCCACCCUGCAGUGCUCAUUAGUGACCAGAGGAUGGCGACACUGUUCCACAAUGUUGCCGUUGCUAUUUCUAUCGCUCCUCAAUGAACCUGCACAAGGGAACACGCUGUCGUAACAUUUCUUUUAAUAGUCUAGCAAAAAUAAUUUCACACCUUUUUACAGUCUCAGUGCAGACAUCGCUUUUCCAGCCCGCGGCUCUGCCGGGAUGAAUGAGAGGAGUUAGCACACUGUGCCUGCUGGAUUAGCCGACUGAGUCCUCAGAAAGUCGCGUUUAACGUUUUUCAUUUUCCUUUUUUUUAUUGGGUACAGCUUUAUCGACAUAUGUCAUUAAUAAUUAUAUGUUAUUAUAUUAUAUUAUAUGUUAUACAUGGUGGUAGAAUUAUUGACACUAGCAUACUAGCAGUUUCGUCAUUGCAUUCAGAACUUUAUAUUUCCUAACUAAAAAUUAAAUUUCCACUGAAUAGCUUUAGGUUACGCAAAACAUAAUGGGAGGCCAAAUUAUAAUAGUAAUAGUUUUCAAUGUUCAUAAAAAUUGCACCAAAUUUAGGGUGCGUUACUAUUUCUUGUUUUUUUCAGUGUUAUUCUGACUACGUGUUAUUCUUUGAGUGUUUAUUGUAGGCAUGCUUUAAGUAGCUCGUUAUUUAAGUAACAAUCUAAUAACAGCAAAACCUCUUCGUGGUGGAUUGAGCAUUAUAACGUCAUACUUAAAAUAACAGUUAUUAUGAUAUGUUUGCACCUCAAACAUCCAGUGUCAGUGGCCAAAUUUAAAGCUAUCGUGUUCGAACUUACUAGAAAAUGGAAAGUUUGUGUACAUCGUGGAUUGUUUGCACUUGAUAUUGGUAUAUACAUUUGAAUCAACAUGUUAUAUUUGACCCGUAUAUUUUUUGAUAUAACACGCCUAACGAUUGUUACAAUAUCUGCAUCGUGUCGGAAUAGUUAUUUUGCAGUCAUACUAUUUUAGCCAAUGCUGUACUGUAUAUUAGUGUAGCCUAUGAGAGUGUGUAGACCAUUUUUGUUACAAAUAAGCAGGUUCCUUGUAUACGAAGGUAUGAAAUAAAAAAAAUACAAAUAAAGAUUUUUCUUUAACUAGACGGUUCAUUUAGAUGAUUAGUUAUACUCUUAGCAAAUAUAUUAUAAAACAAAUUCCCUGAUACAACCUAAUUUCUCCCUAUAACACUAUUUGCAGAAUUUUGUUUACAUGUGUGCAUGUAAUUGUGUGUGAAGCGUUAAUCCUGCUCUGCAGUCCUGCACCAUAAUGACAUCCAAGUCUACUUGCUGAUUGGCUGAGAGCUGCCAGGCCCAAGUCACGUGUGUGAGUUCUUUGGUCCGGAGUGAAAAUGGGGUUUGGUGUAAAUCUAGGGUGUAUUGCUGUCAUAUAUCACGCAGCCUCGUAAAAACGACACUGAGGAUUCUGGGCCAACAAAUCAGAGAGAAAAAAAAUAUGAGUUCUUAUUAUGUGGAUGGUCUUCUUAGCAAAUAUACGGCGGGUAGUUCCCUCUUCCCAAACGCGCAGCGGGCGUCUUGCAGUAUUGGACCCGGUGGAGAGGACUAUGCCUCGGCUCGGACUGCUGCGGCCAUUGCGCUCUCGCCCUCUCUGUCCGGAGUGUACAGCGUCAAUAAUGCCGUGUACCAGAACCGCCCAGCCUUCACGGGAUACGGCCAAGGGCAGGACGCACAUCCACUUCAUUGCGCCCUGUUUGACCAGAGCCGCUUGUUCAGCGACAGCUGCUGCCAUCCGGAGCCGGGACCCCUCACCUUGCCGCCGGACAAACAAUACCGGAUGUACCCCUGGAUGAGAGCAUCAGAUCCAAACCGAAAGCGGGGGCGGCAGACCUACUCCCGGUACCAGACCCUGGAGCUGGAGAAGGAGUUCCACUUCAACCGGUACCUGACCCGACGGAGGAGGAUCGAGAUAGCCCAUGCCCUCUGCCUCACGGAGAGGCAGAUCAAAAUCUGGUUUCAGAACCGCAGGAUGAAGUGGAAGAAAGAUCAAAAGGAGGAAUCGACGUCCGGCCCCGGGGGGGAGCACGAGGACACCGGGGCGGUAUCGGAGCCCAGGGAGCACGAAGAGGAAGACACCCGCAGCUCCGGUUUGGAGUCAGAAACUGCUGCAAAGUAACAAAAGGCACGGACAGAGCAAUACAUUGGGAUUAUGAAUAUAUCUUGUUUCUCUUAUAUCAUUCGUGCACUAAACGCUUUUUGGGCUAAUUAAUACAAUACAACUGACGGCAAUUAUGCAGUAGGCAUUUAGCAGUGUUCUUUUGAGUUAGUAUUUCGUAUUGAAAUCCGAAACAGAUUCAAAGUCUCUGUAAAAAAAGAGCAAUUAAAAAAACAAUACUGAGAGAACAUUCCUUAACGAAAAACUACCUGUUCUUUGUAUGUACAUGCUAAUAUUAAAGGCUGACGCCAAUGAUUUAACUAUAAAUUGACUGUGACUGCAACACAAUUUUUCUAAAGGGAGCAAAUACACCAUUCUGCUCAAAGGUGCCUUAGGCCAAAUGGAAUAUUUUGUUAGAUGCCUCCAACUGUGAUUAAGAUGCUUCUUUGAUUUCCAUUAGUUAAAACAAAAUACAUCUAACUGCCUAGAAUGUUUAUAUACCCAUUUUUGCUUCGUAUUUAAUCCAUUUUCCCAGAAUCAACGGACAUAUUGUUUCGCGUGGUAAACUACCUCGUCAACAUGCUUUAGGAAUAUCCUGACGUGAAUGCUCGGAUAUAUUAGCGUCUACUGUGAAAUGAUCUUGCCCAACCCACCACGCAUUUGUUACUUUCAAAAAAUAAACGCAUGCAUAUUUAUUUUAACAGCAUUAUGUUUUAGCAUAAAGUCAUUCUUUUUGGUUGUUGUAAAAUUGCUAGUCUAUUAUAAUCUAAUUUGGGCAAAUGCUGUGACAUAUUUAGGUCAAGUGGCCACUUUUCCAAUGUUACGUAUAAGUAACAUGUGGCAAAUGAAUAACCUCUGGGAAUGUCUCAAGUCUGUGAAUGAAAAUAUAAUUGAAUAAAAAUAGCUUGUGCUUGUCUA